AAAACAAAACAAAACGAGGCCAUCCAGAAACCAGAGGAGAGCAGGGGGCGGCCGCUGCAGCUGAGAGCCUCGGACAGGGAGGGGUGGAGGGGGAUCCCCGAAUGGCGAUGGGCGACGCGAAGCCGUCGGUGCUAAUCCCGAUGCCCAGCCGCGACCGCGACCGCGACCUGCUCGUGCCGCCCGCCCCCGCCGCCGCCGCCGCCGCCCACGCGUCCCCGUCCACCCGCACCGGCGCCGAAUCCGACGACGACGAGUCCAAGCCCUCCUCCGCCUCCGCGGCCUCCGCCGCCGCGCAGACCGGCCGUGAGGCGUUCCACAAGGUUGUGCAUAGCUGGGCGUCCAAGAAGUUCAUGACCGGAUGUGUAAUCCUCUUCCCGAUUGCAGUUACAUUCUAUGUGACAUGGUGGUUCUUUCGCUUUGUGGAUGGAUUUUUCUCUCCAAUAUAUGCUCAUCUGGGAAUCAAUAUAUUUGGACUUGGUUUUGUAACUUCAAUAGCUUUCAUUUUUGUGGUUGGUGUGUUCAUGUCAUCUUGGCUUGGGGCAUCUAUUCUCGGUCUCGGAGAGUGGUUCAUAAAACGAAUGCCAUUUGUUCGUCAUAUCUAUAAUGCAUCUAAGCAAAUCAGUGCUGCCAUUUCACCUGAUCAAAACAAGCAUGCAUUCAAGGAAUUGGUCAUCAUUAGGCACCCGAGAAUUGGUGAAUAUGCAUUUGGAUUUAUCACUUCAGAAGUUCUACUUCAGGGUUAUUCUAGUGAAGAGCAGAUGUGCUGUGUUUAUGUUCCAACGAACCAUUUGUAUAUUGGGGACAUAUUUCUAGUCAGCUCGAGCGAUGUGAUUAGACCAAACAUCUCUGUCCGUGAAGGCAUUGAAAUUGUUGUCUCAGGGGGCAUGUCAAUGCCUCAAGUGUUAUCAAUCCUGGAAAGCGAGCCAAAUCAGUUGAGCAGGAUCAGAUCCACCCGAAGCUGAGAUGACUUUAUAUUUGUAAUUCUGUGUUCCAGAGUCCUUGCUUGUUUCUGUAAGUACAAGAGUAGGUUCUGGUAGAAUGUACAGUUUCCUGGGUGGAAUGCAAAAUCUGUCUUUAGAUGCAUACAAGCAGUUACUCACCUGAAUGCACCCACUUGUAUGGUAGUAUCAGCUUCUUGAGAAAUCUAACUUAUUAGCAGUCCCAUUUGAAGUAGAAUUGACCUGUGUUGAGUGGUCAGGUCUGGCCGUAGAAGAAUUUUCCUUACAGUUUGCGGGGGAGGAUUUGGGUUCGUCUUUUUGCACUUUGGUUCAAACUUGAUGUACUCUAAACACCCAAAUUUAAUUGUCUUUUUAUUUAUUUUUUGUUUGUUUCUUA